AUGAAAAUUUUCUCACAAUGCCAGUUCCAACCGCUUCCGGGCAGCCUGUUGCUGCUACUUCUAUCCGGUUCGCUGCGUGUCACUGCUAUCCCGUCAACCGUUAAUAUUGAAAUCCCUGUCCCUGCUAAAGACGCCCUCUUGCGCUCUCUCGACCGAAAUCUCGUUUCCUGGUCUAUCCAAAACCGAGACCUUCCCAUGUUCACUAGAUCAAAAUUACUGGAGAAUCUCUUCAAAGCUUUAGCCACAAACAUUGGAAUCGGUCAAUCCGUCCGACUCGGUGGUGGUGAGUCGGACAAAACAACUUAUGGCUCCGAUAUCACAAUCACUGCGGAUAAGUACCGAUCAGGCUACUAUGGGGCUCAGGCUCAAGGGAAUGUCACUUUAGGUCCAAACUACUUCGCCUCAUUCAAGGAAAAAUAUGCCCCAGAUACGAGAUACAUCUGGUGCCUUAACUUAAUCAACACAACUAACAAAUUUGAUGCUGCAAUAUCAACUGCUGCAGGUGUUCUUGAAUACCUAGGCGAUGAGCUUGAUUUAUUUGAAAUUGGGAAUGAAGCCGACUUUUACGGCUCGAAGGGAUUUCGGGAUUCAGAAUGGGAUGCCUCCAUGAUGCUUCCAGAAUGGAACUAUAUAGCAGAUGAAAUCCAAAAAAACUCGCCAAACAAAACCGUUAGGUUCAUGGCCGGUGGCUUCGCAAAUCCAGCAUACAUAGUCACUAAGGACUUCGAUAUCCCAGGUAUUAUUGCCGCUGGUUAUCAGUCAUCGAGGAUCCCAUGGUAUUCCAUGCACCUCUACCCACAAUCGGGAUGCAGCGGUGCCGUCACUAUCGCCCCACUCCUCGAGCACAAUACACUCUCCGAUAUCCUCAGUAACUACAUCCCCCAAGUUGCAGCUGCCGAAUCCGUUGGUGCUCAAUUUGCCAUUGGUGAAACAAAUACCGUAUCAUGUGUCGGCCGGCCCGGAAUCUCUGAUACAUUCGCUGCAGCGCUGUGGCUAGUCGACUAUGUUCUCUUCGCCGCUACAAUAGGAAUACGUAGAGUCUAUUUCCACGCCACAACAACGGGCUCCUACAGUCCCGUAAUACCAAUAAACUACUCUCUCGAUUCCGGAAACUAUUCUACUGGUGUACUUCCGCUCUCUUACGGCGCAUACUUCAUCUCGGAAGUCCUCUCAUUUAACGACACUCUUCUAAUUAUGCAAAUCGAAGGUGGCAAUGACACGGAUUACAGUUCCUACUCCGUCUGGGACGAAACAAACAAGCUCCGCAAGAUUGUAUUUAUAAACCUUCAAUCUCACAAUAGUUCCACAGGUGGUACAAACCCCGCUACUCCAGAUACUGAAGUCUAUUCCUCUUCUGGGCCCCGACCAUCAACUCGAGUCACCGUAGCGACACCUUGGGAGCCAGGCCAAGAACUAUCUUUAAUAAGACUACAGGCCCCGGGCUCAAACUCCAAAUCUCAGGUUAACGUUUCAAGCUUCACUUUUUCAGAAAAGGAUGGAUCUGUGACAAACAAUCUCGUGGACACUAUAAUUACGGUUAAGGACAAUGGAAAUGUGGAAUUCGACCUUCUAGCCUCAGAAGCCGUCCUAGUCCAACAUUACAGCGACGUACUAUCGAAUAAGCAUCCAACAAAAAGCGGUUCCAAGGCUGCAGAUUCAACUGUGAACGGCGUAGUUAUGAGGACCCGCGGUGCGAAUAUGAGUAUUUCAUCCGUCCUUGUUCUAGACAUGAAAAUAAUGGUUUCAGCGAUCUUGGUAUCUGCGCUUUUAGCAUUUAUCUAA